AUACGAACCGAGGGAGUAAAAGUUAUGUUUGUCCAAAUAAAAUUAGAAACUUGUGCUUCCAUUUGUGAGGUAUUUCAAAGUGUGUUUAGAUUAGAGUAGAGUAGAGGAGGUGCCACUUGAAUUCCCGAUUAGGUAUAACAAGGAAAAAGGGUUUAAUGAUGAUUGGCGGCAAAAUCCAGGAAAUGGAGGAUGAUGUUACUGUGGAAGAGUAUUUGAGGAAAGAAGUAGCCGAUUGGGAUGAUGAAGUGAAGUGCGUUGCGAGGUUCAAGGCAUUCAGCGGUCAGAGAAGUGAUUGGGAGUCCCUUUAUGUAUUCUGGAGGGAUUUGAUACUCAAAGUUGCUCGACACCUUCGUAUCUUCAUUAUUCGUCCUUCUCAGGUGAAGAUGUGGUUCAACAGAGGAGGCCUCGUUCCUUUGUGUCUUGAUCAAGUACUGCUUGAAAUGUAUACUGCUGGUGAACUAUUGCGGAAUCUGGGAGUUGCUGAUCCAGCUAGUGGUUGGGUUUCUCAAAUGUUGUGGAGAGUAGUAAAUUUGGGAGGUCUGCUGAGACCUUCUACUCAAGAAAAGCUUGCCGAAGACUAUUACAUAAUUCCUGUGUUACUGAAGGAAAAGGCUCUUCAAGUGGUCCAAGCGUUAUCGGAAAGCCACUGGACAGCUUCGUGUGUAACUACAUGGAGGAAGUUCCAGGAAAUUUCUGGCGGAUUGAAGGAAGCUCAUGCAGUCUUGAAUCACUUGUGUGAACACGGGAAAGCAAAGUACCUUGUAACAAACAAGAAGGACUUAAUGGAGGGAGUGAAAGUCUCUCUUUCAGAAAGAGCACUUUCUGGCACAACAAGUCUCGAUUUUGAUGUGCUGCAUUUGAUUUCGACGGUAGAGAAACUUGAGCAUCAGCUUAAUGUGAUAGAUCAACGUUGGAAAAGGUCUAGAGCAUCUGCUUUAGCUUCCUUAAAACUUGGGAACAAACAGGUGGCUCUAAAGUGUUCGAGGGAGAUGAAGCUGGCUUCUUUGAGCAGAGAAAAAUGUACAGCGCUUUUAAACCGAGUGGAAGAAGUCCUUGGGGUUAUUGCUGAUGCAGAAGCCUCAAAGGAGGUUGCUGAAGCCAUUCGAAUUGGCACAGAGGCUAUUAAGGAAAAUGGGAUCAAUUAUGAUGAAGUUGAGUUGUGUCUACAGGAGCUGAAUGAGUGUAUUGAAUCGCAGAAGCAGAUUGAUGACAUUCUAGGAGCAAAUGCAGCAGGUGCAGAAAUUGAGGAUGAAGAUAUUGAAGAGGAGCUGAAGCAGCUAGAACUGAAUUUUGUUGAGGUACCGACUCAAACAUCCUCCGGGGUUGAUGCUGUAGUAGCAGGAACACAGGAAACUGCCGAUGCACUGAGUGACUCUCUUUCAAACCUUCAUCUCACACACCAUGCAAGGAAGGACCCGAAGGCAAAACAUGCUGUGGAGUCUAUGGGUGCCUCGUCAAAAGAUGUCAGUCGUGAAGCUGUGCUGUCAUAGCCAAUUGCAGUUAGGAUCUUGUUUUCUCCCCUUUUUGUACUGUGAUGCCUGGUAGUCCGUGCCAUGAUUGAUAUUUUGCGCACCUUUGGUCUUCAGAGAUCAGGGCAUAAUUGAUGCGUGAAAAACUGUCGAUUAGAUAUUGGGAGUUAAUAUGUGAAUGAUGUAUAUUAUCAAAUAGUUCUACUCCAUCUAUUUCAGUUUUUGUGUCUUAGUUUCCUUUUUAAUCUGUGUCCGAAAGAACGUUGUCUUCUCUACCUAGUAAGUUUUUAAUUCCAACAUUUUCAUUUUACUCAAUGACACUCCCAUACAAAUUGA